AUGUCAGCAGUACCAGCUUUACCCAUUGCGCUUCCUGCUCUAGACAACACUCUCGGGGCGCUAUACAUUGGCACCUGUCUCUCGACGCUAUUGUACGGUGUUAUCUGCGUCCAGACGUUCCUCUACAUAACUUCAAGUCGGGCCCGAUCUGACCGUUGGUGGUUAAAGACUUUCGUGUUCGUUUGUAAGUCCUUCACCCAGCCUCAUGUCCUACAGCUGCCUAUUCCACGGCAGGGAUUAGAUACCGUAAACCAAGGCAUGAUGGUGGCUGGCAUGUAUCGCUUUUUGGUGAGCGACUUUGCCAAUCCAAUUGCACUGGAAGGAAAAGGAGCUGGUGGUGGUAAAGCAUUGACCACAUAUGCGAGUCCCACUUUUUUCAGUUUGGGGUUACUUCUGAUACUAAUAUUACGACAGGAUGAAUCCAUUAUCGGGCUCGGUGCUUCUCAUACAGCUGCGAGUAAAUGUUUAUCACCACUGUUCGUCUUAUUUAUGCCAGUUCAUAGCUUCUUCUGUUGGCGCAUAUGGAGAUUCAGCACUUCUUCGCUAAGUGUAUGGAUGCGAAUCAGCUUUGUAGCUAUCAUGGUUCCAUUGGCAUUUUUUAACUUUGCAUCAUAUGUUGCUAUGGGCAUCUUUGGGUUCCAGCACUCCUUACACAGUCCCAAUGCGCCGAAUUUUACUCUUGUGAUUAAACUUGCGGCUUCAAGUGGAAUAGCCUUUGACGUGAUCAUGACUCUGGCUAUGAUUAUGUCUCUUCAACGAGCUCGAUCAGGGGUCGUCAGAAGUGAUCAUGUUAUCACUCUCCUUACAUUGUUCACUGUCAACACGAACCUUAUCACGACUUUACUCUCAGUAGGGUCGCUGGUUACGUUCUUGGUCCUUCCCGAUGCGACAAUCUACGGGGGAAUAUUUUUCUUAAUUGCAAAAUCAUACUUGAACUCGUUUUUAGCUAUACUCAAUUCUAGAGAAUACCUUCGAGAAAAGAUGGACCCAUCGAUGUCGAAACACGAAACAGAACUUUCGCGUCCAAUGUUUGCCCAACCUGCUCCUGCUCAUACCAUAACAACUCGACAAAUGGAGGAGUCGGGGUCGGGGCUAGCACCUUCCAACGAUUCCUCCACCAAGGUUUAAUUUUUUCCAUAUCUUAUCUCGGAUAGCUGACGUUGUUGGAAUCGGCUUGUUUCGAUAUAGUAUUUAAUAAAGUGUUUGAUAUACGUUGUUCUACGAUAAGGAUAUAUUCCUUCACUAAGUAACAAGGUACUAACUACAGCCAAGUAGUAAGGGCAAAAAGUUAGGAUGUCCCUUGUUAGACGCUUCUUAGCGCAACCGCGGG